GUCCAGGAUGUACUUUGACUUGAAUGUGCCUAUUCCACAACCAACACAAUCUACUGCACAAGUGCAAUCGAAGAAAGGAAAGGGAAAGCAGCCCUCUGCCUCGACCAGCACUGCCGGAUCCCUCUUUACACCUUCACAGAUCACAGCCUUUGAGACGCGUCUUGAUUUGCUUGUUCAAUUAGGAUACACUGUUAUCGCGCUCAAUCAGACGGUGUAUAAAAAAGUAGAGCCGAAAGCGUUCGUCAAUGCACUCGAUCCAUUGCUCGGACAGCUGCGAAAACGCCAGGGUAUCAUAUACCUGAAGCGAUUGACAGUCGUUCUGGAUGAAGAUAGCGAAAAGGGAUUCGGGCUCACAAAUGCCAACGCCUCUCUCUUCACAGCAUACGACAUCAUAGCUUUGCAUCCCACCACUGAAACCACGUUCUCUCUUGCAUGCCUGACGCACACGGCCCCUUCCUCCCUGACUGCCCACAUCCUAUCCCUUCCUCUCACCCUCCCCCGUCUCCCCUUUCGCAUGAAACACAAGGUCGUGCGCGCAGCACUGAGGAACGGCGCAGUGUUCGAGAUCAAUUAUACCGGUGCGUUGGGUGGGGCAGAAGAGACAGACGGUGGAGGGGGGGCAGGAACGAAGCGGAACUGGUGGGCGGGUGCAAGAGAGGUUGUCAGGGUCACGAAAGGUAAAGGAGUGGUAGUGAGCGGCGGGGUAACUGGUGAAUUGGAGCUGCGAGCUCCCAGGGAUGUAGGAAACCUAAUCACGUUUCUCGGGCUUCCGCAGAACCUUGCUCAUGACGCGUCAACGACAACACCGAAGUCGCUAGUGUUACGCGCCCAAACGCGCAAAACAUACAGAGCUGUUUUCUCUGAACCCAAGGUCAUCAUACCCGAAUCAUUCAUGUCGCAGCCUAUACUAGAGAGCGUAGCAGAGCCUGACACACAGAUAGCCAACUCUCUACAAAAAUUCGCAGAAGGAAUGGAAACUGAUUCCUCCACAAGAGACGUCCAAGUUCCAGAGAGUAAGAAGCGGCGGCGGGACGAUGAUCAAGGGGCUCUUCAAGCAGAUAGGACAAUCGGGGCAAAGAAGAAAAAGAAGAGCAAAGAGGUAUCCACACCGAGCGGUGUGUAGGUGACUCGGCCAAGGUUCACGCUGUAUCGGCGAUUGCUUUGGGGACAACAUUGGUACUGUUCGGUCCAUCUCAUCAUCACAAGUGCAGUUGCAGGGACACCCAAGAGGUGGACGAGGACUACCUGGAACGAAGACAGAUCGUACUUUCAUCAGCAGGAUUCACGGCAUAGCAGAGCACUUUGCGAAAGAUUUUGACAUGGUUGUUGAAUAUAUAGUAUACAGCCGCUCACUGAAACGCGCUCCGUGCUGCCUUAGAUCCAAUAUGCUUACUGUAUGCCUCCCCAGGCCUAUCAACUAAAACUUGGCAAACGGCU